AUGUCUCUGGGUUCUGUUCUCGUUACUGGAGGAACGGGCUACAUCGGGUCCUUCACGGCCCUUGCCCUUCUCGAGGCUGGCUACAAGGUCGUCAUUACUGAUAACUUGUACAACUCGUCUGCCGAAGUCGUCAAUCGCAUUGAACUGAUCUGCGGCAAGAAGCCCGAGUUCGUGCAAGCUGAUAUCACCGACCCGACAGCUUUCGACAAGGUGUUUACUGCAUACCCAGAUAUUGACAGCGUCAUUCACUUUGCCGCUCUCAAGGCCGUCGGUGAAUCAGGCGAAAAGCCCCUCGAUUACUACCUCGUCAACGUCUACGGCACAAUCAACCUCCUCCGCUCCAUGCAAAAACACAAUGUCACCAACAUUGUCUUUUCUAGUUCUGCCACCGUCUACGGCGAUGCCACUCGUUUCCCCAAUAUGAUCCCCAUCCCUGAAGAAUGCCCACUGGGUCCCACAAACCCUUACGGAAACACCAAGUUUGCUGUCGAGACUGCCAUUACGGACUUUAUCAAUGCUCAGCGAAACAAUCUCACCAAGGCCGGUAAGCCCGAGGAGGCUGAGAAGUGGAAUGCCGCUUUGUUGCGUUAUUUCAAUCCCGCUGGCGCUCAUCCAAGCGGUAUCAUGGGUGAAGAUCCUCAGGGUGUUCCUUAUAACUUGCUCCCCCUUUUGGCGCAGGUUGCUACUGGAAAGCGCGAGAAGCUUCUCGUCUUUGGCGAUGACUACGCCUCUCGCGACGGCACCGCUAUCCGCGAUUACAUCCACAUCCUCGACCUCUCCAACGGCCACUUACUCGCCCUCAACUACCUCCGCUCCAACCACCCCGGCGUCCGCGCCUGGAACCUGGGUACCGGCCGCGGCAGCACCGUCUACGAAAUGAUCAAGGCCUUCUCCCACGCCGUUGGCCGCGACCUACCUUACGAAGUUGCGCCUCGUCGUGCCGGUGAUGUCCUCGAUUUGACCUCGAACCCUACCCGCGCCAACAAGGAGCUUGGCUGGAAGACUGAGCGUACACUUGAGCAGGCUUGCGAGGAUUUGUGGCGUUGGACUAAGAAUAAUCCUCAGGGUUAUCGUCAGCAGCCACCUGCUGAGUUGCUUGAGGCUUUGAAGAAGAAAUGA